GUACAGGAAGACGCACUGAAGUGAGGUGGGGAUGAGAAAUCAUCAUUUAGUUAGCUCGCUGCUAGCUGCCUAUAUAGUUGAAGUGUAAUGAGCUUAGUAGCCCAAAUUUAGAAUAUUAGUUUACUUUUGGUUGGGACAACGACGACCAUUUUACAUCAAGAAUGGACAUAAGUUAACAAUGACGGGGGAGAAAAAGAAGAAGAAGCGGCUGAACCGCAGCAUUCUUCUAGCAAAGAAAAUUAUAAUAAAAGAUGGAGGAAGUCCUCAGGGAAUCGGUGAGCCCAGCGUCUACCAUGCUGUGGUCGUCAUUUUCCUGGAGUUUUUCGCAUGGGGCCUUCUCACCACCCCGAUGCUCACGGUAUUACAUCAGACAUUCCCCCAACAUACAUUCCUGAUGAAUGGACUCAUUCACGGUGUGAAGGGCCUAUUAUCAUUUUUGAGUGCUCCUCUGAUUGGAGCGUUGUCAGACGUUUGGGGGCGCAAGUCCUUCUUGCUGCUAACGGUCUUCUUCACAUGUGCUCCCAUUCCGCUGAUGAAGAUCAGCCCGUGGUGGUAUUUUGCAGUCAUCUCCAUGUCUGGCGUCUUCGCCGUCACCUUCUCUGUGAUCUUUGCUUAUGUGGCAGACAUUACGCAAGAGCAUGAGAGGAGCACAGCGUAUGGCUUGGUGUCUGCUACCUUUGCAGCCAGCCUGGUUACCAGUCCAGCCAUCGGAGCCUAUCUGUCGGUGGCCUACGGUGACACGUUGGUGGUAAUCUUGGCCACCGCCAUCGCCCUGCUAGACAUCUGCUUCAUCCUGGUGGCCGUCCCGGAGUCGCUGCCGGAGAAAAUGAGGCCGGCGUCAUGGGGAGCACCAAUCUCCUGGGAACAGGCAGAUCCCUUUGCUUCUCUGCGUAAAGUGGGCCAGGACUCCACGUUGCUGCUCAUCUGUAUCACAGUGUUCCUCUCCUUCCUCCCCGAAGCUGGGCAGUACUCCAGCUUCUUCCUCUAUCUCAGACAGGUCAUACGCUUCUCCUCGGAGAUGGUGGCGGCCUUUAUCGCCGUUUUAGGGAUCCUCUCCAUAUUGGCUCAGACGGUGGUGUUGGGGAUCCUGAUGCGUUCUAUAGGAAAUAAAAACACAAUCCUACUCGGCCUCGGCUUCCAGAUCCUCCAGCUGGCCUGGUAUGGCUUUGGCUCUCAGCCCUGGAUGAUGUGGGCAGCUGGCGCCGUGGCGGCCAUGUCCAGCAUCACCUUCCCCGCCAUCAGCGCUAUCGUGUCCCGUAAUGCAGAUCCGGACCAGCAAGGUGUUGUCCAGGGGAUGAUCACUGGAAUCCGCGGGCUGUGUAACGGUUUGGGUCCGGCUCUUUACGGCUUCGUCUUCUACUUGUUCCACGUUGAGCUGACGGACUCGGACGGCUCUGACAAAGGUGCCAAAUCCAACAUGGCCAACCCCACUGACGAGAGUGCCAUCAUCCCCGGUCCUCCCUUCCUCUUCGGCGCCUGCUCAGUGCUACUGUCCCUGCUGGUGGCGCUGUUCAUCCCGGAGCACACGGGGCCCGGCAUGCGGCCCGGCUCCUACAAGAAGCACAGCAACGGGGCGCAGAGUCACUCCCACAGUCCUCAGGGCAGCGGGGCGGAGGGCAAGGAGCCGCUGCUGGAGGACAGCAGCGUAUAACCUCAGCUAAGUGGGGCACACACCCCAUUUAAAACAGAAAAAGAAAAGAAAGACCCUCAACAUACGGACAGACGCACACGUUUAACCACAAGGACACGCAUCAGGGUGCCGUGGAGAGGAGUUUGUCCACAGCACAAGAGUGGGUGCUCCACCAGGCCGUUCUUCGUCUCAAGGCGGGUUUAUGAGGACUUUCUGGAGGAAGCGUUUAGUAUUUUUAUUUUGUUUUUUUGGGUGUGAGUUAGAGAGAUGCUGCUCAGCUGGACUCCAUUUUCUCUGCAGGUGUGGCACAUAGAACCCAAUCAAGUGCGAGAGGGGGUGUUUAUUUAAAAUGUCGCUACGUACCUGUGUGAGUCUUGAUAUUGGUUUUUGUCCAGCUGGAGUGUAACAAACACUCGAGCUCUCGUACUGAAAAGCUAACUUGUGUCCCAACGCUCAUCGUCGUUUUCAGAACUGUAAGAGGAGCGUUGAGGAAACGCUGCCUAACCUCAGCUAGGAUGGUCGACCCGUUCAGAUGAUGAAGGCUUCAGCGUCAGGACCACAGAUUUAUCCAGAUAUUAGACUUCUUACGGAGAGAAGUGCAGGAAGGAGACCACUCCGUUAGCUGAAGUCCUUUCUCAAUGUUUACUUGCAGUUCUCUAGAUUCAUAGAACAGUUUGGGUUGUAUAUUUUUCUCUGUUCAAACUGAAGUCCAGUUGUGCUUCAAGUUUCUAAUUCAAGAAACAAACGUUGCCUUGAAGUGGCUUACCAUUUAAAUAAUAAUAAUAAUAAAAAAAAUAGACAUAACCUGUAUGAAGACCAAGGUCUGAGUAGGCUCUGUAAUCUUACUCUGUCGCUCCCAUCGGAGCUGUUAGACACUUUUUAUUCCUCCGCAUUCGUACCCUUCCUGUUUAUCUCGGUUCUUGACGUGUAUCAGCAUCAGGGCUAAGGCUUACAGAACCACGUUUUUUUAUUUGUUUUUUAAUUUCUAGAGCUUCAGGACCACGUAGAGCUAUCUGUUAGCAGAUCAGUGGUCAACGCUGGCUGUUAACACAAAGUUUCUGGAAAUAUCAUUAAUACAUUCAUGAGAAUAUCACACUGCAAAAACACAAAAUCUUACCGAGUGUUUUUGUUUAGUUUCUAGCGCAAACAUCUUAGUACAUUUGAAAUAAAACCAAACUAACUUACAAGUAACUAAUCAGCUUGUUUGAAGUCAAUAAUUUUGUAAUAUUGAUUUUAAAAAGUACUAACUCCACUAGCUGAUUAUUUCACUCAUAACAUUGGAAAAAUGUCUUGUUAGUGAAAUAAUUGGCUAGUUGAGCUUGUACCUUUCAUCAAUAUUAAAGAUUAUUCACUCAAAACAAGCUCCUGUAUCUUGCUGAUAAGUUACUUGUAAGUUAGUAUUUUUAAGUACUAAGAUGUUUGCACUAGAAACUAGACAAAAAUACUUGGUUAGAUUUUAUGUUUUUUGCAGUGCAGCAAUCCUGCAGCAUUAAGUCUCUUCACUUUGUGGUGUGGUGUGUUGAUUUCUGCAGUUUUGCUAAAAACUGAAAGUUUCGUUUGUUCCCUCAUGUUUAACCGGCCGACUGAAAACACAGCGCGUUUCUCCAACCUGCAUCUCUGGCUGCUCUUAUUUACAGAGUUCCUGAAGAAUAGAGUUUGACUUCAGUUAGAAAGUAGAGGAUGGAAAAAAUAUUUUUCAACUUUUCUCCCUCUCCCAAUGUCUAAAUAUUAAUUUUUUUCUCUUUCCUUCCUUUCUUCCGCCUUUGAGUUCCUUGUUUCUACCUUGUGUCUCUAUCUUUUCUCCAUUACUUUCUUUUCUUUCUCUAUGCACCUUUAUUUCUUCUUCUUUUGUCCUUCCUACCUUUUAUUCUUCCUUACACUUUUCUUUCUUUUUUUUUUUGCUGGUUUCUUAUUUAAAGUUGCCCACCUGUAGAAUUUUAUCUGCCAUAAUUUUGAAGAUAACUUGUUUUUUUUAUAUUUCAGUAGAACCUGCAGAUCUCAGUCUGAUCAUCUUUAUGUGAAAAGCCUGCAGGAACUCUGUAUUUAAUGGUUCAGUAUUUAAUAUCCUGGAGGUUUGAUUACAGAAAUGUUGUAAAAUCUUGUUUUCGAUCUAAAUCCUGUUUCCUCAUUGGGAGUUGUAAUUUAAAUCUACAAAUUCAGCUUCUUCCUCACUUCUGCUUUCCUGAGCCCAGUCUACUGCUUUAGCAUCGGACCUUUAUAUUUAGUGUCAUUUUCCUGCUCAGUCAGGUCAGUUAAUGAAUUAAGUGAUUCAGUAAAAAGAGUUGAUUGGGUCAUACCAACUAGAAUAAUCUCUUCCUGAUAAGGAUUUUUUUCCCCCUCCCAAUACAAAUCCCAGUUAACUCGCUCACCAGUCACAUUCCAAAGGCAGCAGGAUCCUGUUUUUGCUUUCAAACGGAGCAGUUAUCUAAAUGCGAGCAUGUUUUACUCUCCGUUUCAAUGCGACUCACUAAUAUUUCGCCUCAUUGCUUAUUUUCAUGCAGCUGCAGUUAAUCCAGUGCGGACAAAACGUACAGAAAACAAAAAGGUUCUUCAGCUUCGUCCUUGAACUUCAUGAAUUUUAAAGAGUAGAGUUUCAGCCGCUCUGUUUGAGGAUGUUCAAACAUAAUCUGCAGAAGUAAAUACAGUCGUGUUCAUUGUGAAUGUCAUUGUAAAGAGCGGAAAAACCUGUUUGAAAAAAGUUCAGAUUAGCUAAAUAAAUAGCUCAACUCAAUUAGAGAUGAUGCUAUCAAGUCUGAUUAAAAUCCAGGACAUUAAGUGGAGUGUGAGCAGCAUUGUUGACAUUUUCCAGCUUUAUCUGUUUGAAGCUUGAGCCUUCAUGACGAGGGAGGAGUUUCUAAAAGCAGAUUUGAUUUUCUAGAAUCCAUCUAAAGAUUUCCAACCAUCUUACCUUAAACUGCGCUGCUGCUUUUCUUUGAGUUUUGCGGGGAAAUUUAACCUGCUGCACCAUAAGGACUGAAGCUGCUCAAACUUUGAUAAAGAAAUAUUAAUGCUUUUGGUCCUGCAUUUUGAAAUAAACCCUACAAAUGAGGAAUGAAAUUUAAAAAAAGGAUGUUAACAACCCUUCUCUUCCUUUUCAGUGUGAAUAAAACCUCAUUUGAAGAUGCUACACCUGAAAUGGACUCAAAUGAUGUACAAAUCGAUACAGUCUGUUUUUGUUGCCUGUAGGUGGCAUCCCAGUCUUUCUUUUGCUUGUUUUGGGGAGUUGUUCCCCUGCAGGUUUUAUUAUUUUCUUCUUGUUUGUUUUAAUCAUACCUCUACUAGCUAAAUGCUAUUUAAUAACUGAGCUCACACGUGUGCCAAAUGUGUUUGAUUUUGCUUCUUUUUGUACUUUGUAUGCACUUGAGUAAUUUGAUUAUUGGUUUCUUCUCUUUUUUUGUCUUAAUAUCUCUGGCAGAAGAUGUAACUUCUAAGGCUCUAUUUUUUUUUAUAGCUUUUUAAGUCCUGAUUCUGUCAUUUUUAGGAUCUUUUCCAUUUUUUUUUGUUUUUCUUAGAUCUCUUCAGCCUUGGUCUUCAUUUAAUGACAAGCAUUUCACUGUUUUUUUUCUGUUUUGAGUGUAUUUGUGUGUUUGCCAGAUUGAUAUCUGAAUGUUCCACAUCAUUUUGACCACAUAACUUAACUGAGCCUGUCACAGUUUUUAUUCAUCCAGGCGGUCUGUAAAGUUAAUUUAAUCUUAGACUUUCCGAUUCGUAGUUUAUUGGACGAAGCACAGAGGUAAACACACAUCCCUAAUCCUCUGCAAAUUGGUAAGAAUCUGCACCAGCCUCCAUGUGCGCUCAUACUCCAAGCGGACGACUGUAAAGGUACACAAAUCACCUGUACAUGCAUCAAAUGUAAAUAUAUACUUGUCGCUCGAGGAGCUGGCCACCUCUUGGUCCUGUUUGGUCGUACGGUGCAGUUAUAUAUUUCUCAACGCGUACCUGUUAUUAGCCACUCUUUAAUUUUAGUACACCGUGGUUUGUGGCCUGAACCCCCCCUUCUCUGUGUGCCUAAAAUUAGCCAAGAAAUGUGUAUGGCAACGUAAGUAAACGGUGGUUAUUAUGUAAAUACGGGAAACUAAUGAUAAACUAUUUAUUAAAGGUUUAUUGUACAAUGAAA